AUGUCAAUCUCAAUCUCCUCUCUCACAUCAUCCCUCUCUUCUCUCUCAUUCUCCUCUCAAAUUUCCCAAAAACCAAACACCCUUUCAUUUUCCCGGUCCAAAUCUCUUUCUUUCUCACUCUCCCACUCCUCCAAACAACCCCUUACUCUCCGUGUUUCGGCCACCGUUGCCUCACCUGAAACCGCCACGAUAGACCUCAAGAAAUUAGUGAAAUCGAGACUCCCUGGUGGUUUCGCCGCUCAACCUAUUCAUGGCACUGGCCGCCGUAAAUGCGCUAUUGCUCGUGUUGUUCUUCAAGAAGGGACUGGCAAAGUCGUCAUCAACUACCGCGAUGCCAAGGAAUAUCUUCAAGGUAAUCCAUUGUGGCUUCAAUAUGUGAAAGUCCCACUGGUAACUCUGGGGUACGAAAGCAGCUAUGAUGUGUUUGUCAAAGCUCAUGGAGGUGGCCUCUCUGGUCAGGCUCAGGCAAUCUCCCUUGGCAUUGCCCGAGCAUUGCUAAAGGUGAGUCAGAACCACAGAAUCCCUUUGAAAAGGCAGGGGCUUCUAACCAGAGACUCGAGAAUAGUUGAGAGGAAGAAGGUUGGUCUCAAGAAAGCUCGCAAGGCCCCACAAUUUUCCAAACGUUGA